CCAGCUAAUUUUGGAGAGGUCGUGAAAGGGAUAUAUCGCUCUUCCUUUCCCUACCCCUGGAAUCUUACAGCACUCAAGAAGCUGGGACUGAAGACCAUAAUGUACGUAACACUGGUUGAUGAACCAUACCCCCAAAGCCAUGUGAUGUUUAUCAAGGAGAACGGCAUUGCACAUCAUCGCAUUUUGGUUCAGGCAAACAAGGACCCUAAUGUUAAGAUACCUGACUCUGUCAUGUGUCGAAUCCUUGAGCUUCUGCUCGAUAAGAGCAACCAUCCUGUUCUCGUCCAUUGCAACAAGGGAAAGCAUCGUACCGGAUGCGUGGUUGCCUGUUUUCGCAAACUUCAAGGCUGGGAUUCAUGCGACGUCAUUGAAGAAUACCUUCGAUAUGCCUUUCCAAAACCGAGAUUACUCGAUGAAAACUACAUAGACCGAUUUGACCCAUCUCAACUUCAUCAACUUGCUCAGUCUUCCGGUGUCAAGACGUGGCAGUCAUCUGGGCUCUUCAAGAUGCCACCGGAAGAACAUGAUAGAGACAAGGAAUCCCCCAACUGCCACGUUCCUCCAUCCCUUUAA